CCGGCAGCCCCGGCGGCAGCCGCAGGCCGUGGCGGCUGCUGCGGCCGGCGCAGCAGCGGCCGCCGCAGUGCAGGUUUCGGCUGGCCGCGCGCGACGGCGACGGCGACGGCGGCGGCGGCGGCGGCGCCGUCGAGCUGUGGGCCGAGAGCGAGGCGGCUCAGCGCGAGUGGGUGCGGCGGCUCAGCGCGCUGCGCCACUACUGGGCGCAGCGCGCGGCGGCCGACUCGCUGCUGCGCAGCCGGCUGAGCAUGCUGAGCUACGCGCAGCAGGGCCGGCGCGGCCGCGAGGAGCCGCCGGACUCCGACGGCCUGGCGAGCGUGGCCGCGCGUGGGCUCUGGCACGCGUGCGCGCUGCUCGGCUGCCGCGCGGUCAUCAUGGCCGGCAUGCUGUACCGCAAGCGGCACCGCCACCAGGGCAUGCGCCGCGUGUUCUGCGUGCUGGCGCGCGGCCGCCUGGUCGAGUUCGACUACCCGCACGCGGGCCGCCUGGCCAGCAGCGCCCCGGAGCACCUGCGCGCCGGCUGCCUUUCCGUGCUGAGCAGCCCUUCGGCCAACGCCGGCAGCGCGCGGCUGCUGUUUGCACGCUCGCGCACGCUGGCCUUGCGGCGCUGCUACGUCGUCAGCCGGCGCGCCGACGACCUGACCACCGACGACAUCAUGUGCGAGCCCUGGGUGAUGACCGACAUCGGCAACUACAGCGGCCUGCGGCUGGCCGACCGCCUGUACGCCGAUGGCACCGUGUCGCACGACCUCAUUGACGACUGCAUCUUCACGGUCUGGCGCCCCAAGGCCGCGCUGCCGCCCCCAUGCUACCGCGUGGAUGCCAGUGAGCGCGAGAUGGUGCCGGCGAGCCCGAGGUCGUCGGGCGACAUGCAGAGGCCGGACGUCGACGGCUACGCGUCGUCCGAGUCGUCUGCUGGGAGGCGCGGCACCGUGGACGACGUGCGCGUUGGCCUGGAGGGCAGGCAUUCGCCCAGGCGAAUGGCCGUGGGGUCCGGCGUAAAGAAAAGGCUGGGCGUGUUCAAGGCGAGAUCGAAUGCUGAGAUGGAGCUGUGGGUUACAGCCAUCAAUCAGGAGAUCCGCCGCAUGAUCGAGAGCGACGAAUGGUAACCGCGAAGCGCAAAAAGCGUAAAGUGACAACGAUACCGCCUUUUUUCUUUUUCUUUUUCUUUUUCUUUUUCUUUCUUUUUCUAUUGCAAUCGCUUUUGGCAUCGCUUCUUUUCGGUGCUCUCGUCAG